AUGGAUGAUAGUGCUGACGAAAAUUUUGAAGGCGUUGAAGAACUGAACGAAAACGAUGAAGUCAAAUCGGAAAACGAAAAUGCUGAUGCUAAUCCAGAAAACGAAAGUGGCGAAAAUAAUAUAGAGGAUGGCGAAGACAAAGAGGGGGACGAUAAAAAUGAAGCCAAAUCAUCUGAUGAACUGAAUGAAAAAAAUGAAGCAGAUCCUGCCUGUGAAAACGCAAAUAAUACACCGGACGAAGGGAACAAUUUGCAAGAUUCUUCCAAUUUUACCUUUGACAAAAAUUUAUUCUCGGCACCAAAGUUCUAUCCCUACUAUCUCAUGAAAGACCACGUUGUGCAGUAUCUUGAGCCCAUAAUUAAAAAGGCCAGAAAAAGAAGUUUCAUGUUCUGCUGCUGA